AAGUAGGGGGUGGGUACGAAAGGUGAAGGAAGCCUGCACGCCCGCCCGGGAGGAGACCCUUGGAAGCUUGGCGGGGGAGAAAGAGCGGAGAGUGGGUUCUGCGGAGGGAAGGAGGCCCGAGUUUCACCCGAGGGGCGCAUUAGAGGCCUCGGCCUUUCAGUCCAGGGGAAAAGACGCAGGUGCUGUUCCGAAGGCGUGGUGACAGUAUGGGUAGUGUGAGCAGGGGACGAGGAAGAAGAGCUCCAGGGGAAAGUGAACAGGCCCCUGCCUUUCCGGAGAUGAGGGGGCGGUAGGAAGACGCCUCAGCCUCCUCAAGUAGGAAGGGGAAGGGUCCAAACCUGUGAGGGAAUGAGAGACUGAGGGUCUUCUGAAGUAUAUAGGUAGAGAACGGAACAGUCUGGGAUGUCAGGGGGUGGGAAAACCCGUGUUUUGGAGGACCGGAGAGAAGAUAAUUGAGGGGAAGAGAUGACAUUUCUACUUUCAGAAAUGACAGGGGAAUUGGCCAGCUGCCUCCUAAUUGAGGGGCAGGAACGGUGAGAGCAGAAUCUUACCUGAGAGUCCUGGAGAGUGAUGAUCCACCAGACCAGACUAAGGCGUGUCAAGCCUUGACCUAGUAGGGAUGGGGGCGCGGGGGCGGUGCAGGGCUUGACCAUCCAAGGAACAGGAGGAGGUCUGAAUUCUCUUAAGAUGAGAGAAAUGUCAAAAGCACUUCCUAACAGACACAGAAAGGGCCUUGUUUGGUGUCUAUUUAGGAGAACCAAGAACUGGGUUUCCUCAACCUAGGGAUUGGGGAAAGGGAGGAUCAGAUCGUUCUAGACUCUCAGAGGGAUUCUUCUCCCUUGCCUCUGGUAAUGUUACCGAAGUGCUUUUGGAGGACCUUUUCAUUAAAUGUUUGGACUGUCUUCCCUAAUUCGUAAGCCUUUUAUCAAUUAUGGAUAUUUAAUAUAUACUUAGUAUACACUGACUUGAUGACUUUUUUCAUUAGUCAUGAGUCAACCAUUCAUAUUUACCUCAACAAACCUAUAUCAAGUAGCUAAUUUGUACUCAACUUCAUUGGGUUAGCUUGGGCCCUAAAUUGCUCUUGUCCUAGGCAGAAGUCCCCUAGAGUCUAGUGUGAUGACGCUUCAAAGAACCCUUUGUCCCAUCGCUUCCCCAAACACGUAUAUAGUAGUCUUCAAAAUGUGACCUGUCCCAAACUUCAUUUGCUUUGGCUCUGUCCCUCACAGUGGUCCUGUGUAGCCUUCUUGUCGGCUUUAUUACAUUUGAUAGCACCCUGGAUCACCUACCGAAUGCGUGAGAAGGAAUAAAGAAGGAAAAAAUCAAGGAGUUUUGGCCUCAAGUAAUAAUAAAGUUUUAAUUUUAUUGAUUAUAUUGAUGAUUAUAUAAUUUAUUAUAACUUGGGAAUUUCUUAAUAGACUACACAAUCUACAAAAAUUAUAAUACAGUAUGGAAUAAAUACAUUCUGGGGUUAGAAAGUUUCAGGGUAUCUAUUUCUUUUACCUUUUCCACUAUCAACUCCGAUGUCCCUGCAAUCAUGUGACACUCAUGAUUUUGCCACGUUUUAAACGUUAGUUUUCAGGGGUGCCUGGCUGGCUUAGUCGAUGGAGCGUGGAGCUCUUGGUCUCGGGGUCAUGAGGUUGAGUCCUGGGUUGGGUAUAGAGAUUACUUUAAAAAAAAAAAAAAAAAAACCUUUGUUUUCAGAACACAAAAAAUGAAUUUAAUCUCGAGUAGGUCAGAUGUCAUUUGUUUAGUUUUCCAAUCGUUAUGUCAAUGGUCAUGUGCUUACUCUUGAUCAAGGUGUCUUUUUUUGUCUUUGAAAAGAACUACAAAAUAAUUCUUUUCACGUGGAUGUGACAUCUUUCCUUUAUGUGUGUUCCCCUAGAAUUACAGUGUUGUGUGAUUACACAGUGAAUACUCUAAGGCCCCUUCCAUGAAAUACCCAAAGGAGCAGCUCAGUCAUCUUGCCUCAGGAGUUUUUGUUGCUAUAAACAAGAGCCACUUUUCAGUUCAUACUCACCUCAAAGAGAUGACCUUUCAGUUAGCUAGUGUAGUCUGUAGAGUCUGGUUUCAGGUUACUUGUUAAGAAUGUGGUAUUUAGGGUAAGGAGAUAUAUUCAACCUAAACUUGCUUCUCUAAAGAAUGUAAGAGUUGCCAUGUUGGAUCAGACCUGUGUCUCUUACUGACACUGAGAGACCUAUUGUGGAUGAUUGUAAUUAUCUUCUCGGAUAAACUCAGAAGGUUAGAGAACAUUCCUCUUGGGUUCUAAGGAGUAGGAGAGCUAAGGAGUAAAAUAUGAGUUCCUAUUGAGGAAAGUAUUAAUCAAGUAGUUAGUUAACCACUUAUUCAGAGUAUUGUAGAGAGGACUCAACCUUAGGGUAGAAGGUUAAAACUAGAAGCAUCCUUCUAAUUCUCCUCUAACCCAUUUAUUUACUUAAGCUACUUAAAAAUUUUUAAACCACUGUUUUAAUUUUUUUUUUUUUUAACAUUUGUUUAUUUUUGAGAGACAGAGAGAGGCAGAGCAUGAGCAGGGGAGGGGGAGAGAGAGAGAGGGAGACACAGAAUCCGAAACAGGCUCCAGUCUCUGAGCUGUUUGUUAGCACAGAGCCCGACGCGGGGCUUGAACCCACGAACUGCGAGACUAUGACCUGAGCUGAAGUUGGACGGUCAACUGAAUGAGCCACCCAGGCACCCCUAAAACACUGUUUUAGGAUAAUAAUUUCACAAGUUUGUUACAUGCUAAAGUAUUAUAUCUUUUAAAUUCAUUAAAUAUGUAAUAAUAACAGAAUAGUGCUUGACAAUAAAUGUCCAACAAAUGUUAGCUGUGAUUAUUUUAAUUCAAGCUUUAUUUAUUUAUUUAUUUAUUUAUUUACUUAUUUAGAGGGAGAAGCAGAGGGAGACAGAGAAUCUUAAGGAGGCUCUGUGCUGUUGCAGAUCAAGCUCCAAGCUUGAUCCCAAGACCCUGGGAUCAUGACCUGAGUCAAAAUUAAGAGUCGGAUGUUCAACUGACUGAGCUACCCAGGCACUCCCAAGCUACAUUUUAAUGGUUCAAAAUCUGAAGAUACCUAUUGGUUCAAUUAUUGUAGGAUUUGAUAGCAUUUGUUAUGCCUCAUUGUAUCCCUUUUUGUCUUUUUCUAGACUCUAAGGUCCUAAUUGUUUUGAUUCUACUGUUGGCAGCCAGCUGAACCAGUCCAUUGAUUUUGUUUUAAAACAGUUUUUUUAAUGUUUAUUUAUUUUUGAGACAGAGAGAGACAGUGUGUGAGCAGGGGAGAGGCAGAGAGAGAGGGAGAUACAGAAUCUGAAACAGGGUCCAGGCUCUGAGCUGUCAGCACAGAACCUGAUGCGGGACUCGAACCCACGAACUGCAAGAUCAUGACCUGAGCCGAAGUGGGGUGCCUAACCAACUGAGCCACCCAGGCGCCCCUCAUUGAUUCUGUUUUUUAUCCCUAGUUUUAAACCUUUAAAUUAUAGAAGUUCAGAUAGUGUACUGUAAUAUCUUACAAUUAAUUUUUUUCUCUAGUAUGCAUCUCUUUCCCUUGUUUAGUUCCUGAAGAGCAGGUACUCUUCCUUUUCAUAUCCAAAGUAGACAGUUUUGUAAAUAGUAGUCUGAUAUUUGAAAACUGGUUAUUGUACUCCUGUGUCAUGGGUACUGAGCUAAGAGUAGGGGAGCCGUUGAAAAACAAAGGCAAUCCUUGCUCUCCCAGGAUAUAGUCUGGUGGGGAGAGGUUGACAAAGUGGGAUGAUGGUUAUGACAGGGGUGCUGUAGGUACUAAGAACACAAUCUCACAUCUAGUCAAGGAAGUCACAGGCCUCCCUAAGGAAGUUAUUUAUUUAUUUAAAGUAAACUCAAUGUGGGGCUUGAACUCACGAUUCUGACAUCCGGAGUCUCUUGCUCUAGCAACUGAGCCAGCCGGGUGCCCCAGGAAGUAAUGUUUUAAAUAAGUUAUAAAAGUUUAGCAGUGACUAGCCAAAAAGGAAGGGAAAGAGAAUUCUAGGUAGAGGAAACAAGCGUGAAGGCUCAGGUGAGGAAAUAUGGCAUGUUUGAGAAAUUGAAAAAAAAAAAGUGUGUGUGGGGGGGCAUCUGCUCAGUCAGUUGAGUGUUCAACUUCGGCUCAGGUCAUGAUCUUGCAGUUCAUGGGUUCGAGCCCCGCGUCGGGCUCUGUGCUAGCAAACAGCUCAGAGCCUGGAGCCUGCUUUGGAUUCUGUGUCUUCCUCUCCCCCACUUGCACUCUGUCUCUCUCUCUCUCAAAAACAAAUAAACAUAAAAAAAAAAAUUCAAUGACAGGAGACCACAAUGUGAGAGGAAGAACUAUGAGAAAUGAGGUUAGCAGCGUAGAUGGGACAGAUUUGGAGGAUUCUAUAAGCACUGUUAAGAUGCUUGCACUUUAAUAGCAAAGGGAAUCCUCUGAAGGAUUCUGAAAUGGGGAAAUGGCUUGUGGCCUUUAGUAAGAUCACUUUGUCUGCUCUGUAGAUCAUAGAGUGGAGAGCAAGAUCAGAGAUAAGGAUACUGAUGCGAAGCAGCUGCAAAAAUUCAAGUGGUAGUGUGUGGCUCAGAAUAUGGUGGCAGCACAGAUGGAGAAUGGGGGAUGGUUAAAAGAGAAAUAUAGAUGAUAGAAUGGAUAGGAUUUGGUAGUUGAUUAGAUUUUAUAAAGAGAAGAAUGAAAAAUAACUCCUUAGUUUCUGGCUUGAGAAAAUGGGUGGAGGAUAGUGCCAUUUACUGAGGAGGGAAACAAGAGCAGGUUUGUGAGAGAACGUGAGUUCAGUUUAAGGUGCUUACAAGAUAAAUUAUAAGAGGCUUUUGGGUACAGGUGGUAGAGAAUUCAGGAAUUUUUUGAAUGUGAGAAUCACAAAAGGCAGAAGCAUAAGUCUGCUACGAGCAAUUUUAACUAGAUUAUAUACAAACAAAAAUUGAUUGAACCAACAUGUCAGUGCCAUGAUGAUCAGGGCUGUGGAGACCAGCUGUUUAGAGAAGCAGCACCAGCCCUCAUAGAGAGUAUAGUGCAGUUAUGGAGAUAGAGGUCUGUUCAGUUAACGACAAUACAGAGCACAGUGUGAUAACCACUAGAGGAAAGCUACAUGUGAAGUGUUGGGGGACUGUAGAAAAGAAAAUGGCUUGGCAGGGCCUCUGUGGAGGAGCGGGCUUUGAACUGGGCCUUGAAGGGAGACUGAGAUGAGGGAGAAGAGAGUUUGGGCUUAAGGAAUAACAAAGGUCUAAAAUCCUGAAGGUACAUGUUGUCUGUUCAGAGCACGGGCAGAGGCUGGGUUGGCUGGCACUUCAGAUUCUCAGGGAAUUACAGUUGCAGAUAAAACGGGAAGAAUAUUUUGGGGCCAAAUGAGGGAGACUUUGCUUGCUGUGCUUAAGUAUGCAUAUUAUAGGCAAAUAUGAGCCACGAUGUGGAUUCAGUUGUCUGAUUAUCAGUCACAUAUUCAAAUGUGUGUCCACCGUGUCCCUACACGUGAAAGUAAACACAGUGCUCUUACCUGUACUCUUUUUAGUGACUCCCUUCUUUACAACUGUGAGGACUAACUACUGCAGAAUAUUCUGGGGCCCUCUGAGUUUUCAUUAAAAUUGGGAUGAUGCUGGGACGCCUGGGUGGCUCGGUUGGUUAAGCGGCUGUCCCUUGAUUUUUGGCUCAGGUCAUGGUCUGCACAGGUCAUGAUCUCACAGUUUGUGAGAUUGAGCUCCACAUCGUGCUGACAUUGAGGAGCCUGUUUAAGAUUCUUUCUCUCUUCCUCUCUGCCCCUCCCCUACUUUCUCUAUCUCAAAAAUAAAUAAACUUAAAAAAAAUUGGGAUGAUGCUUUGAGUUAUGUUAGAGUUGAGGAGCACAUGGUGUUGGACACUGGUUUCCCCAACAAGUCUGCAAGGGAGAUGUCAAGCAAGAUCAUCUCGUCAUUCAGUAUGAGGCAAAGAGGUAGUAAGAAACUUCUAGAGGUCAUACAGUUGGAUUCAGUAUUUAUUAAACAACCACACAAUACAAGUCAUUUUUCUUCCUGUACAGUUUCAGUUAGCAGAUACUUAUGAAGUGCUCACAAAGUACAGAGUGCUUGGUGAAGCACAAUGGCUGGUUGCAAAGAAAAGGUGAUUUCUAACUUUCUAGGAGUUUACUGAUGGGGUUGGAACUAGUGGUGUGCUAUAAAUCAAUUCUCCAGAAAAAAAAAAAAAACAAACCCUGAUUUGUAGUGCUUGCCAAUUUCUGUGGUGUAUGUACUCCCAGCAUCACUGAUUUCAAGCUACCAACUUGCUGUCACUAAACUCAGAUUUGGGAAGAGAUGUGCACAAUUGGUUCUCAGGAGCAGGCUCCAGCACAGCACUGGGUGAAUCACAUAUACUAAGAAAACCUAAAUCAGUAAGUGAGUACGAAAGUAUGUCUGGAAAGAUCAGAGCCUGUCAGCCGCUUCUCACAGUUCCCAUCCUUUUCAGAGGACCCUGAUCUUAGAAUGGGUAGUCUUAAUUAUCCUGAUGUUCCUUUCCUAGGGUUUCUAUCUUUUCAAAACCAGACAGUCACUGAUGCUUCUUGUUUCUGACAACAGCCCAGCUAUCUGACUUCAUGUGAAAGAUGGCUAAUGCAGAAGUAAGUGUUCCAGUGGGGGAUGUGGUUGUGGUUCCCACUGAAGGAAAUGAAGGGGAGAACCCUGAAGACACUAAAACCCAAGUGAUCUUGCAGUUACAGCCUGUGCAGCAAGGUUUGUUUAUCGAUGGACACUUUUACAACAGGAUUUAUGAACCUGGGUCCGAGAACAACACGGCAGUCGUGGCAGUAGAAACUCACACGAUUCACAAAAUUGAAGAAGGGAUUGAUGCAAGCACUAUAGAAGCAAAUGAGGAUAUGGAAAUUGCUUACCCCAUAACUUGUGGGGAGAGCAAAGCCAUUCUCCUCUGGAAGAAGUUUGUAUGUCCAGGAAUAAAUGUGAAAUGUGUCAAGUUCAAUGAUCAGUUGAUCAGCCCCAAGCAUUUUGUUCAUCUGGCUGGCAAGUCUACCCUAAAGGACUGGAAGAGAGCCAUUCGUCUGGGUGGAAUCAUGCUCAGGAAAAUGAUGGACUCCGGACAGAUUGAUUUUUACCAACACGACAAGGUUUGCUCCAAUACCUGCAGAAGCACCAAAUUUGAUCUUCUUAUCAGCAGUGCAAGAGCUCCGGUGCCAGGACAGCAGACAAGUGUGGUGCAGACACCCACUUCGGCCGAUGGUAGCAUCACACAGAUUGCCAUCUCGGAAGAGAGCAUGGAAGAGGCAGGGCUGGAAUGGAACUCAGCUCUCACUGCUGCUGUCACCAUGGCUACAGAGGAGGGUGUGAAGAAAGACUCAGAGGAAAUUUCAGAGGACACUUUGAUGUUCUGGAAAGGAAUAGCUGAUGUAGGACUGAUGGAAGAGGUUGUCUGCAAUAUACAGAAGGAAAUAGAGGAGCUACUCAGGGGAGUUCAGCAGCGGCUCAUUCAGGCUCCCUUCCAGGUAACAGAUGCUGCUGUUCUCAACAAUGUAGCACAUACAUUUGGCCUGAUGGACACAGUAAAGAAGGUUUUGGACAACAGGAGGAACCAAGUAGAGCAGGGAGAAGAGCAGUUUCUCUACACUCUGACAGAGUUGGAACGCCAGUUGGAAGAGCAGAAGAAGCAAGCUCAGGAUCACAGGCUGAAAUCCCAGACCGUUCAAAAUGUGGUACUGAUGCCUGUGAGCACUCCUAAGCCUCCAAAAAGGCCCCGGCUCCAGCGGCCAGCUUCUACCACAGUCCUGAGCCCUUCUCCUCCGGUCCAGCAGCCUCAGUUCACAGUCAUCUCACCCAUCACCAUCACCCCAGUGGGCCAGUCAUUUUCCAUGGGCAAUAUUCCAGUGGCCACCCUCAGCCAGGGCUCCAGUCCUGUGACUGUUCACACACUGCCUUCUGGCCCUCAGCUCUUCCGCUAUGCCACAGUGGUCUCCUCUGCCAAGAGCAGCUCACCAGACACAGUGACCAUCCAUCCUUCAUCUAGCUUAGCACUGCUAAGCUCCACUGCCAUGCAGGAUGGGAGUACCCUGGGCAACAUGACCACCAUGGUGAGCCCCGUGGAGCUGGUGGCCAUGGAGUCCGGCUUGACCUCGGCAAUCCAGGCUGUUGAAAGCACCUCGGAAGAUGGGCAGACCAUCAUUGAGAUUGACCCAGCCCCAGACCCAGAGGCUGAGGAUACUGAGGGCAAAGCAGUUAUUUUGGAGACAGAGCUGAGGACUGAGGAGAAAGUUGUGGCUGAGAUGGAAGACCACCAGCAUCAAGUCCACAAUGUGGAAAUUGUGGUCUUAGAGGAUUAACUGGGGAUCUCAGGGCCAGGAGAUAUGCUUUGGUUUGGAAUUUUAAUUAUUUGUUUAUUUUUAUCAUUGUCCCACUCAUUUCCACAUAGGAUCCUUUUUUUAAAACAAAAUCUCAUUGUUCUAACUGAAAAUGUUGGGUCCCUCCCUCCCCCUCAUUGAAAAACGGACAAAAACAAGCUGUCCUUCCGGAAGUUGAGAGUAGGUCACUCAAUGUCUAAAUCCUUUUAUGCAAAGAAAGUUAGUUCUUUUAGGGGAGGCAUCAAGACAACCAGAAACCCUGUCCGGAAAGCCCUUUCCAGGCUAGUCUGUCUGUGUACACGUGCGGUUUUAUUUUUGUAAAGAGGCAUUGGCCAAACUCUGGAACGCAGAUCUGACACUGGAAGGCAACCCAUCUGCACAUGGAUGCAGAGGAUACUUUAUUUUGUAUCCUGGAAAGGGCCCUCAGAGGCUAGUGCAAAACUCUGAAACAAAAGCAAGUUGAACUGUGCUGGGAGGGGAAGGUGGCAUACCAGCAGCAGCUUGAAAAGGGAAGUGCUUUGGUCAAGAUGGGGCAAGGAAAUUAUCUUCUUCCAGAAGUGCAACUGAUGCCUUUUGAUAUCUCUAAGGGGUUACUACCAUGGGUGCCAUUUUGAGGAGAGGCCAGUAAUAAGUGGAAGGGUACAUCUCCGUGGAGCAAGUGGCAUCAGGGGCCUGGGGCCUGUGACUUUGCAGAAAUAGAAAUCUGGGUUUCAAGCUCACUUUCCCCUCCUUCCCCAAUUUUGUCAAAGCACUUAACCCCCCUAAACUAGGAUCAAUCCAUUCAUUUGCAAACUAUGUGAUGUGGUGUAAAUUUCUCUGGUUCCUGGACUGUGGCUGUCAUGGAGGUGGGGCUCCAAGGCCAUAGUUUUUAUUGCAUGACUCCGGGUGCAGGGUAGUUCCUCAUCCAGACCAGCUGCCCUUUUUGGUGGGGCCCUUUUUUGGCUUUGGAACCAAAAGCAGCCACCCAUUUGGUGCUUCCUCUUGUUCUCCCUUCCAUCCCUCAACUGUUAAUGGCAUCUGUCUCCUGGCUCCCACGCUCUUCAGCUUUUUGGCUGAUUUGGAGAACAGUGACAGGUGUCUGCCUGCCUUCAUCCUCUUUUAGAUUCAUUUAUACCACAGAUGUUUCUGUGAGAUAUUGAGCUCUUAAAAAAAAAAAAACAACAAAAAAAAAACACCUUAGGCUUGGCAGAGAAGACUCAAUAGCCCCAGCCUAUCCUGAGGCAACAAAUAGAUGUCUCCUCCUGAGCGAGCUGGACUCCCUGGGAAAGAAGCAUUGUCUGCAACAUUAUAUUAUAGGAAAUGUACCAGGAAUGUCAAUAAUAAUAUCUUUGGGGGGUGUUGUUAUUAUUUUUUUUUUUAUCUUGUUUGUAUGUUUAGAGCUGGGCCAUUUUCUGUGCUGUGAUUCCUGCUCUUUGACCAUUUUCAGUGUUUGGGGCAAGAGUGGACCCUGGUUUCUAUUUCUUUGAUUGCAUUGUUUACUGCACUAGAUAAAAUAUAGGGAAACUGCAGACAAUUUAAAGGAAAAAGAGGUCAAAAGAAAGCACACACCUUAGGAGUGGGAGGUUUUUUUGUUUUUGUUUUUUAAUUAAAAGCAAAACUUUGGCUUAUACUUUCCUUUUUUUUUUUUUUUUUUUUUUUUUUUAAGAGGGCACCCACUUGAAGCCAUGUUUCUUCCAACAGAUGUUGGAAACCUUGUUGUCAAGCAAGUGAAGACUGCAUUCUGCCGUCUUUCAGAUGGCUUUAAUAGCUAAAGAAGCCCUCUAACUUGGGAGGGCAAUCUUAAAAGCCUUAAGGGUGAGAUUUCUUAACCCCAUAUAAUUGUGGCUUUCAGCUUUAAAAUUGUCUGGGGUUUUACUUUUCUCUUCAAAAUGUUCAAUAGAUGUAGCAAUCAGCUUAGAACAAACCUUUGGCCCUUUAGCGAGGGAAGUGGCUUUUAUUAUUGCUUCUUUAGGUUUUCUGAUGGUACAUAAACAAAACCAAAAUUUCAGUUUAAGCCUAAAACUGCUAUUGACCCUAGGAAGGCACAUGUCACCCCUAUCGUGGUUUUUAGGGACACUUUUCUCUUUCCCAGAGAUGCAGGGUCCGAUUCAGGACAGAGGGGGAGCCCUGGAGAACACCCACACACUAGCUCAGGUUCCUUUCUUUCUUCUGUCAGCUGUUGUUGGUAGUGUUUUAAAGCAGUGUGAGCGUCAUGCUUCCAAAGUCAAGAGAUCUUUUCCUCCUAAAGACAGCCUGUUUACUUGCACUAUCUGAAUAUUCCGGCUGGUGGAAAUACACAAGCUUUGUUGUUUUCCUGGUCUUCCAAUAGCCUGUCAUUAUUGCUAGCUGCUGUGGCACCUAUUGUGUGGGGGUUUCCUCAGAGCCCUGGUCUAAAUGAUCUCAGACAGCGUGAGAAAUAUGCAAGCCAUUGGUAUGUGCACAAGCAGUUGCAAUGAAUCAUUCCUCAGGCUGACUUGGCAGUAGCCAUCUAUAUUUCUGUUCAUUCAUUAAAUAAACAUUUAUAAGUACCAUCUACGUGCCAGGCUUUGUGCUAGGCACUGGCAGUACAGAGAUGAAGACAGAGUUCCUGCACUCAAGGACUUCAUACUUCAGAGGUUGUCUGGAGUUAAGAACUAUAUUUCAAUUUAAUUGGUUUCUUUUGUAAUCCUAUGUAUUUUAUUCCAUGCACUGAAAAACAUUAUUCUGCAAAUUAGCCCAUAGGUUUCGGCAGACUACGAGAGGCACAACAAAGUUAAGCCUUUUCUAGUGAGAUACUGAAACAUCAUCAUAUUGGGGUAAGUGCAGCGACAGAGCUACUGGCUGGGAGCUGAGAAGAAAGGAUCAGGGACCUGACCCAGCUUAGGGAUAGGGGUCAGCAAAUAUGGGAGUACUUCCUGGAGAAGGCGUAUACCUAAACUAAUGUAGCAGAGACCAUUUUUGGCUAGGUGUUUUUUUUUCUUUUUUUGUACUCUAUUUCAAGUAGUUGGUCUUAUUUAUACAAGAGGGGGAAAAAUCCUUAGUCUUUUGCUGCCUCUGCCUCCAGAGCUAGGCAGAAUCAGCAGCAUGGGCUGUCUCCUGAGAGCAUCCCACUGGGAAAAGCCGAGUCAUGCGUCAGCUUCUCAGAAUUUCCAUCAGAGGAAUCCAGUGCCAGACUGGAGGUUAGCUGGUAGAAGGUGAAUGUCCCAAACCUUCCUGCCAUGUGGUUUCCACAAAGGCCUUGGAGUCAACUGUACAAUGGUCAUACCUUAGUUAUGUCCCUCCCUCAUUCUUCUCCUUUCAGUUGCUAGGCUCCUUCCCUAUUCCCACCCCCAAAACAAAACAACUCCCAGUUAUUCUGAAGUAAAAAAAUGGACAAUAUACUUGAAUAAUCAAGAUUCAAAGCCACUUCACGUGAAGUUUCUUGCACGCUUCUGUCCACAUUAGGGAAGGAAGACUAAUGUUAAUACAAUUAUCUUGGAAAUUGAUACUCAGUUCAGAUGGUCUGCCACUGUGGUGGUGGCAUUUUAUCCCGUUUCAUGAAAGGCCCUAUGGUAAGUCUGUGUGGUGGGAAAUACUAGCAUUGGUAACAUCUGAUUAUAAAGAUAGUAUAAUCAAGCAUGAGAUACAGAAUUACCAGUUCACUGAAUUAUAACUGGUCCAGGUUUUAGCACUAUUAAGGAAGUGGAAAGGAUAAAGAAAAGGCUGAAUUCUGAAAAUAGGCAUGAGGUUGUGAUUCACUUUGGGCAAUACUCCUGAGGAAAUAGUCCUCUCUGAGAAGAAAGUCGGAUGCUAGGCUAGCCUGCAUUUUCAGACAAUUUCCCUAGUAUAGUUGAUUACGGAUUCCCUCACCCCUAGGAUACCUCUUGGGGAAAUUCUUACCUAGUUUGUAAUGUAUUACAAUAACAACCAAGGUUGUUACCCGAGACAAUCAAUCAAUUCUGCUAGAUUUGGACUCUUUGCCCCUGGAAUUUCUCUUCAGCAGCCCUAAUUGAGACCUUUCUAGGGUUCCCUCCCAAUCCCGGAACAACUUUCUUAGUCCUGAUGUAUGCAAUUUAACUUCCUCUAGAAGGUUCUAUUUUCCUCUAACUUCCAUUCCCAUACUACUACUUCCCUGGCCCUUGCUUUUGGGAGCCAAAGGUGAGUUAGUUCCUAAAUUCUGCCAUGUCAGUAAUUCAACUUGAGACCAUCGUUUUUGUCAAGGUACCUCCAAGAGCCAAACCUCAGUAUACACCAAUCAUAGUCUGGGUCUUCUCUACUUAAAACAGCUUCCCUGACUCAAUCAGGCACCUGAAUUGAAGCACCUUUGGGAUGUUCUUAUGCAGUGACUAUAGGUAAGUUUUCCAGAACACAUAGAUUCUAAAACCUGUGUUUAUUUUUUUAAAAGGUUUUAUUUCUUAGUAAUCUCUAUACCCAACAUGGGUCUUGAACCCACAACCUCAACAUCAGGAGUCACAUGCUCCACCCACUCAGCCAGCCAGGUGCCCCUAAAACCUAUCUUUUAUACCCAAUUGAUUCUGUAUCUAUGGCUCAUGGUCCAGGCUAAGACAUGCCUGUUUCCUGGAUAGAUUAUUUCAGCCAAGUAUGAUUCCUACUGCCUCUUCACAACUACUUGAAAUUUCUGUUAUGUUUUACGAGCCUCUCAGCCUAAAAGUAGACUACAACCUGCUUUGAAAUUGCCUCUGGGUUCUCCUCUUGCAUCUGUGGUUUCCAAUUCUGUAUUCUUUACUGAUAGUUAUGGCUUAUAAUAUGGUAUAUAUGGAUUUAUUUUUCUAGUUUUGAGAACAAAAAUGAAUAGUAUUGAAUCACAUCUAAGGAUAAACAUGAAGCUGGGUAAUGACCCAGAGGAAAGACAAAUUCCUUAACGGGCUUUGUAGGAGCUUCCAAAGAAAGCAUACAGAGAGGGUUACUUGCAUUUUGAAGUAUAAGUUUGUUUUUUAAGAAUUUCUCUGCUGUUUUCUUUAAAGAAAUCUAUGUAUUAUAGAGCAGACUGGAAGCCCA